AUGGCCCCCUCUACCACCGGCCUCAUCCUCCUGGGCCUCACAUCUGCCGCAUUUGCAGGUGUGCUGCCGAGAUAUGUUGAGCCCCGGCAAGGUCAGCAAUGCAAAUGCUAUGAAGGCGAUGCAUGUUGGCCUGCGGAAGACGAGUGGGAUUCCUUGAACAAGACGGUUGGGGGCCGUCUGGUGAAAGUCAUUCCCCCAGCCGCGCCUUGCUACAAUGAGUUCGAGGGCAUUCCAACCUAUAACGAAGCCAAGUGUGAAGAGGUCACCAUUGGGUGGCGCAAUCAGCCAUACAUGAUCGAGACUGGUGCCACGCCACUCAGGCAAUACCCUUCAAACAAUACAUGUCGACCAACAGAGGAUCCAACAGAUACCUGCACGAUUGGUUACCUGGCCGAGUACCUCAUCAUGGCUACCGAGAAGGAACAUAUCAAGGCAGGCAUUGACUUCGCGCGCGAGAAGAAUGUUCAUCUAGCGGUACGCAAUACUGGUCACGACUUCAUGGGCAGGUCCAUUGCUGCUGGCUCCUUGACGAUCAAUACACACAGCUUCAGCCAGAAGGAGAUCAUCAGCUCGUGGUCCGGUCCCGGCGACUACAGUGGUGGUGCCGUCAAGGUUGGUGCUGGUGUUCAAGGCCGAGAUCUGUACCGUUUCCUCAACCAGCAGAACCCGCCGGUGGUAGCUGUCGGUGGUGAAUGCCCUACAGUAGGGUUCUCUGGCGGCUAUAUCCAGGGUGGUGGGCAUGGUCCUCUAUCCACAUUGAAGGGCAUGGCUGCUGAUCAUGCUCUCGAAUUCGAUAUGAUCACCGCAAAGGGCGAGUAUGUCACAGCCAACGCCGACAAGAAUCCCGACCUUUUCUGGGCUUUGAAGGGCGGCGGGCCUGCCACCUUCGGUAUCGUGACCUCUGUGACGGUCAAGACUCACGAGGAAGUCCCUGUCGCUGGAGCCUUCAUCAACAUCAACAGCACACACACCACAGACUCAGAUCUCUUUUGGAAGGCAGCUGAUGCCUUUCAUGGCCUUGCAAACCACUACGUCGACCACAAUAUGUUCGUGUACUACGAGCUAAUGGAGCUACGGCUUCACAUUCAACCGUUCACUGCCCCUAACAUGAACGCUGCCGAGCUCAAAGAGGCUCUUGCGCCUCUCUACGAAAAGCUUGAUGCCCUCGGGGUUGCCUACGACACUGGCAUCAAGGAAUUUGAUACUUUUUUCGAGAUGUACAUUGAUAUGUACGAGGACGAGAACGCUGGUGACAACACCAUCAUCGGCGGCCGGUUCUUCGCUCGCGAGGACAUCGAGAACAAUCAGGCUGGUCUGACUGAAGCUUUCCGCAAUGCAGUUCAGCCUCCCAACUAUGAUCUCACGGGCAUUCUCAUCGGUCAUAUCGUCGCUCCAGGUAUCGGCAAUCCCACUGCCGAUAACGCUAUCCACCCCAAAUGGCGCGAUGCCUCGAGCUUCAGUAUUGCCGCACUAACCGUCGCGACGAACGCCUCUCUGGCGGAGAAAGAGCACGCUUGGGACAUCCUCACCAAUACCGUCGACGCUGGCCUUAUUGCUGCCAGCCCUAACGGCGGCGCAUAUGUCAACGAAGGAAACAUCGAGCACCCCAACUGGCAGGAAGAGUACUGGGGCGACAACUAUCCGCGUCUACUCGGUAUCCGGAAGGAAUGGGACCCCGAGGGUCUCUUUUAUGGGAAGGCGCUCGUGGGCACUGAAGAGUGGGAUCUCGUGGAUGAGCCACCCCGGUUGUGCAAGGUUGCGUAA